AUGCAGCGGUACAUCGUGAUCGGCAACGAGGAAAUCGUGGCGAGGCACUUCGCCGUGCGCGACUUCUACGGCGUGGAGACGUGCUUCUGCUGGAACGCCGAUCAGCUGGCGAUCUUCCCGUACACGGAGAACGGGGCGCGGGACGCGCGGGUGCUGACGACGCCGGUCCCCGUCAGGAAGGUGCAGUUCUUCGAGGACCGGGCCUUCCUGAUCUGCUCGCCGCAGGGCGCGUACAAGGUGUCGCGGUGUCGCGAGUUCGCGGUGCUGAGCAAGAACGCGCUGGACAUCGGCGGCGAGUUCUACCAGGUGCUGACCGCCCGGAGCAACGGCUGCGUCCACCUCGACAACAAGCAGGACAAGUCCUCGGCGCUGCUGUUCCCGCUCGUGCCGGGCGUGAGCGAGACGGCGGUGUGCACGUACCCGCUGAACCCGGCGUGCACCGAGCCGCGGCUCGUGAGCAGCCUCGCGGCCGGCUGGACGACCGAGGGCAAUCUCUGCGUCGUCGCCUACCACAGGAAGCUGUACGUGCUGAGGGGCGACUCCGUGCAGCUGAUUCACACCAGCGACAACGCCGUCGUGGACAUCCUGCCGGUGAAGCGGCGGGACAUGAAGGUGGCGGGUCUGCUGCUGCUCACGGAGCAGGCGAACGUGGUGAUCCUGGUGCACGACGGCGGCGACGGGCGGCACGCGGAGGUACACAGACUGACGUUCGAGAGGAUACACCUCGGGGAGAACGCGAGGGACUGCACGGCGCUCUGCGCCGGUUUCAGUCUGCACGCCGAGAACACUCUGUGGCUGGUGUGCUGCACUCGGUCCAAGUUGUACUACCUGAGGAAGGAGCUGUUCGUCGAGGCGGUUCGGGAGGCGAGGGUGGAGGCGAGGACGUUCACCUGCGUGCAGUAUUACAAGCCGAACGUGAUUCUCGGUCUGUCGCCAGGCAGGGAAUUGGUCCAGCUGUCUCUCGAGGAGCUGGACGUCUCUAUGUCGACCGACAACAACAUCGUUCUCCGUACUGAAAUGUUUCAACGUACGGACACUAUCAUGGAGAAGAUUUGCAGCAAAGUGAAGGAGCUGAACGCGCUCUACGAGAGCCUGUCGGACGAGCAGGACAAGCUGAAGAGGAUAAACAUGUACGCUGCCAGACAAAAGUUGGCGUUGAGGCCUGACAUCGAGGUGUCCAGGCUGGGCAGGCAUCGCUAUCUCGGCUUAAGCAUCCCGAACAAUCUGCCGAAGAACAGUUACGUGGUGUUCGCUCUUGCUUCCAAAAACCGAAGCACGUUCUGCAUGAAGAGAGUCACGGACAGUCACGCGCUCGCGAUGAAGAUGCCCGUCAAUGAAAAUCGGAUAUCCUGUGCCUCGUCCAUCAGUAUGGAUCUGAUCACGUUGAUGAACGAGGGGCAUCCGUGGUGCCUUAUACAGAAUUUCGUAAACUCUCCGCUGCAGGAUGUCAAGAGGAAGAAGGGGCCGAGGAGAGACAAGUCUGUCUUCAUAAACGCUAAAAUAACGUCAUUGCUGCAUUCGAUAGCGAACAACGAAUUGAACAUGACAAAAUUACGCGAGAUCAAAAAGAUUGUACGCACGGAAUUGUCGCAGAAAGAGAUUUUGUAUACACAGCAUCUAUAUUUUAUACAAUUACAUAAUUAUGGUACAGAAAAUUAUGUAUAUGUACAGAAAGAGAGUUGUUGGAAAUUAUAUAUUAUAAUUCUUAUAUAAAAUGAAAAUGUCGGAAAAAUGAGAACGCGAAGAGAGAAUCGGUACAAACGAUAUAAGUCUAUGACAGAUGUGAUAUUUCUAAUUUCUAGACAUUUUAUAAAGAUAAUAUAAUCUAAGGAAGAACAUUGUAUUUAUUUGUGAUAAAUAUUCUUUCAUAUAAAACUUUGUCACAUGUCA